UCUUUCCUCCUCUAUUUUCUUUUCUUCAUUAUUAUUGUAGCAAUUCUGCACGUCUUCUCUCAAAUGGGUACGAUUUUGCUUUUGUGCUUUCGAAUACUCAAUAUAUAUACAUCUUUUUGUUGAUGAUGAAGGGAGUUCAAGCCUUGAAAACAACUUUUGUCAGAAAUACAAGAUUCUGAUAGUACAUUUUAGGCGCUUUUCCUUUUGAGUUCUAACGAGAAGGCAAAUUAAGAAAGCUUAUUUUGUUUUGAUGGCCUCCGAGAAGGAGGUUUUCAGCCUAUCUGGACCAUUGUACCUCACUACUAUUGAUUGGAGAAAUACAUAUCAUAGGAGGUCCGUAUCAGCUAGCUUAGUGCAGAGUGUGUACAUUCUUGAACGUGACCGCCAACAAAAUCGCCAAGGUCCUAAUGCCCUUGCUCCACCCUGGUGGGAAUUCUUUCAAUUUCAUUUAAUCCAAGUCUUGGUAGAUAAUGAAGACCAAUCUUACUUCGGCGCCAUUUUUGAAUACAAAUUUCCAACCUCCCAUCUCCGCAACAAAACAAUACACAAUAAUCCUAAUCCUAAUCAGAAUCAGAAUCGGAAUCCACCAAAGUAUGUGAUUGCCUUUCGAGGCACAAUUGCCAAAAAGGGUAACAGAUCACAAGACUUCAAAUUGGACCUCAGACUUAUUCGCGACAAUCUUCACAAUUGCUCUCGCUUCCACACUGGCUUGCAAGUUGUACAAAACAUCAUUCAGAAUCACGAGGUCUCAGAUAUUUGGCUAGCCGGACAUUCCUUGGGCUCUUCAAUUGCGCUAUUAAUCGGAAGGAAUAUGAUCAAAACAGGAAUUCAUCUCGAAACAUAUCUUUUCAAUCCACCAUUCACAUCACUUCCAAUAGAGAAAGUCCUAAAGAACGAGAAAUUGAAACACGGAAUCCGCAUUGCUCAUAGUGUGAUCACUGCAGGACUCGCUGGCGCCCUCAACAGUCACAAGCCAAAGCCUACACAUAAAAGUGAUUCAUUUACUCUGUUGUCUUCGUGGGUUCCUUACUUAUUUGUUAAUCCAUCCGAUCCUAUAUGUGCGGAAUACAUUGGGUAUUUCGAGCAUAGGGAGAAGAUGAUUGCGAUUGGGAAAGGGGAAAUUGAACGAAUUGCGACGCAGAAUUCAAUAAGAAGUAUAAUUGGGUAUGCAGCAGGAAAAGAUCAAUCGGAACCAUCACACUUACUUCCUUCAGCGUUUGUUGCGAUUAAUUUGAGUCCUUCACCAGAUUUUAAGAGAGCUCACGGUAUACAUCAAUGGUGGAAGCCAGAUUUACAGUGCAACUAUAAACUAUACCAAUUUCAAUGAGAUUUGGUUAAUCGAAAUGUUGGACACAAAGUUAGAUCAUAAUUGUCCAUUAAUUUUCAGAUUAAAAAUAUUCAUCUUUUUAAUGUAUUUAUUAUGAGAUGGCACAAAUAUGAGAAUUUUUUUAUUUAAUUAAAUAAGUAACACUUGUCAUCAAACAUAAAUAAUCUGACCUAUUUGAUUUAACCCAAAACAACUAUAAACCAUUUUGUCA